AAAGAAACAAUACUUAUGGCGACUCAACUUAUUAAAUCUCUUGCAACGACUACUUCGUCGCGUAAAGUGCCAGUAGCUUCAGGAACAAGAUAUUCCCUUGGAACAUGUAACGUCAAGAAAAGCUACACCACUAUGAAGUUUCAAGGAAAGCGUCACAAUUGUCAAAUGCAAAAUGAUUACCUUCGUGUUGGGAUGUUUCGGUCACAAAAUGCGACGAACGUAGUGAACGCAGCUUGUGUAUCGAAUGAAUUAUUUCCUACUGACCGGACUCGAGCCUCAGCGACUAAUUUGGUAGAAUCUGCAUUCAGUGGAAUGGAUAUUUUGUUCAGGUUUUCAAGACCUUAUGCAGCAAUAGCGACGGUUCUUAGUGUGCUUUCUACAUCUCUUUUGGCUGUUGAAAGUCGUUCGGAUCUCUCAUCGUUGUUCUUCGUCAAAGUAUUUCAGGCUAUAAUUGGAGGCAUUUUUAUGCAAAUAUAUGUUUGUGGAUUCAAUCAGAUCUGCGACAUAGAAAUCGACAAGAUUAACAAGCCUUAUCUUCCGUUGGCGUCUGGAGAGUUGACCAUGAAUACAGCCAUCAUUGUGACAGCAUUAUCGGCUAUCAUGAGUUUGUCGAUCGCGAUGAUAUCCGGUUCCAGGCCACUAUUUUGUGGUCUCUUUGCCUGGUUUUUAGUUGGAACCGCGUAUUCGGCAAAUGUGUUACCACUUUUACGAUGGAAGAGGUUUCCUUACACUGCGGUUUUAUACAUGAUAAAUUCACGAGCACUAGCCAUGCCAUUUGGAUAUUACAUACACGUGCAGAACGCUAUUCGUGGAGGAGUUGUUCUUUCAAGGCGUCACUUUUUUUCGGUCGCUAUGCUCCUUGUUUUCUCGGUCGUCCUGAUACUGUUUAAGGUGAGUGAUUAA